AUGUUCAGCGCCCCGAAAGCGAUCAACCAAACCAUCGACAAUACGACGGCAACUACAACUACAACGACAACAAGAACAAUAACCGUGAAUGGAAAACUCCAGCAAGAAGAACAGCCAACGCAACCACAGAAUCCACAGGAACUCGGCAAUGAGUCGAAGAAUUACCGUGCGAUGUGGCAUUGGGCCUAUAAGGAAACAUGCAAAGAGCUUGGCAUCAAGGUGAGUCUUUCAUCUCACAGAAUCAUUAGUUGCCUUUCAGCUCGACAUCCCUCUGGUCCUUAA